UCUGGCGCAUGUUUGGAGUGCUAUCGUCGAAACGACAGCAUGGAAAAGGUAUCUUUUGGAAUGCCCGAGCUAUAUAAAGAGCUUGUGGAUAUUUUUGAUGAAGAUUCGGAAAAUGAUAAAACGUUUCUUGGAUUUUCCGAUGGAGAACUAAGUGACUGUAAUUUUAAGGAUUCAGAGUCUGACUGUGAUGGUAGAAGUACUGAGCAGUUCUCACCAAAGAAACCAGCUCAUGUGGGAUUUACCCUGAGAAUAGCCCUGCGACCCCGCUCCCUUCCUAAUAUCAGUGAAGAUGAAGAUACAUGGGGAGAGAAGACAGGGAUGAAACCUGUUAGGUCUGAAAAUCAUGUGAAAUUGGAGGUGGAUCAGGCAUCAAAGAACACUCAGCAGAAACCUCCAUCUCCCUGUAAAUCUGAAUCUGAAUCUGAUUCUGAUUAUUCAUUUCUUGAAAAGAGAGCCAUGAAUAUCCAAGCAAACAAAGCAAUGUUGGCUGAACUGAUGGCAGACAUCCAGAAAAUGCCUGGGGCCUUACUGAAGAACACAGGACACACUCGUAAAAAGGAGCCUCGCUCUGCUCCUGUUCCUCGCUGUUCAGAGGCACGACGCAAUCCAGAACGAAGAUCUAGGAGAGCAACUCGCUUGAUGGAAGCUGAUGACUUCUCUACCGCUGAAGACUGCAGUGAGCUGGAAAUGAGUUUGGAAGAAGAACUAAUGAAGGUCCAUGCCAAACCGCAAAGACGGGAAUCUCUACGACCCAAUCAAGGCAAACCACAUGUUAUACGACCAGUGAAAGAGAUCACAGAGGAUGAGCUUCAGCUGGUGGCUACUAGCAUGACAGAAAAAAUUUAUAAUCGUGUUACUGGCUCCACAUGUCAUCAGUGUCGACAGAAGACCUUGGACACUAAGACCUGUUGCCGCAAUGAGAACUGCCGUGGGAUUCAGGGACAAUUUUGUGGUCCGUGUCUUCGUAACAGAUAUGGCGAGGAUGUCAAGACAGCCCUCCUUGACCCGCAAUGGCAGUGCCCUCCUUGUCGUGGUAUCUGCAACUGCAGCUUUUGUAGGCAGCGUGAUGGUCGCUGUCCAACUGGCAUUCUGUUUCCCCUGGCGCAAUACCAUGGCUUUUCUGAUGUUCACUCCUACCUCUGCAGGUGA